AUGCGAAUACCAUAUUUCUUUCUCCUGGGGCUGUGCACAGCCGAGUCCAAGCGGUACGUGGUCCUUCUCAAAGACGACCUCCCCGCACAAAGCAUACAGAGCCACAGCAACUGGCUGGAAAGCGCAGGAGUCAAGCAAGGCACUGUGAAGGGCUUUGGCGUGGGCGGAAUCCGGGGAUACUCCGCGGACUUGGACGAUGCAGCCGUGCACGCCCUCAGAAAAAGAGAAGAUGUCCACGCAGUGGAGGAAAACAAAGAAUACACGAUCCAAAUGAGCAUGCAAAAAACAGAAGAAAUCGGGGCCUGGGGAUUUUCCAGCCUCGUCCUUGCACCAAAAAAGGCAGCACCCGUGAAGAAAAAGAUCAAGCCAAUGCACAAUGUCAUAAAGGGCCGGCGGCACUUCCGAAAGAAUCCUGUGAAAAGAAUUCUGCGCAGAUCCAGGCCUCUUCCACAUCCAAUUUUCGGGCACUCUGAGAGGAUAGCAAUGGAGAACGUGGAGUCGCGCAUCAGAGAGCUGGAGAGCGAGAAAGAGUAUUUGCUUGCCUUUAAGAAGCUGCACUAUCCCUUCACAAGCAGCAGCCUCUCAGCGCGUGUCUCUGUCCCGUGGGGGCUGAGCAGAAUGUCGCAGGGCCGGGAAAUACUCGCAGAAGACACUUUUGUGUACCCGAAAACGGCAGGAAAGGGGGUGCGCGUAUACGUUCUCGACACGGGCGUGGAGGAAACCCACAGCGAGUUGCAAGGAAGGGUCGAACGGGGAAUAAACGUGGUCGGCGGAAAUUUGGAGACUCUGGACGAUAACGGGCACGGAACGCACUGUGCUGGGAUUAUAGCAGGGCGCACUGUCGGAGUUGCAAAGAAUGCGAGGAUAGUUCCCGUUAAAAUACUGAGUGAAGAGGGGAAGGGAAGCACUGAGUACGCCGUGCUUGGGCUGGUCUAUGCUAUGAAGAUGCACCACCAAAACAUCAAGACAGAGAAGCACCCGCGCGCUGUCGUGAAUAUGAGCCUGGGGGGCGUAAACAGCGAGGUCUUGAGGGUGAUCGUGGAAAAGGCUGUUUUGGCUGGGCUUACUAUCGUGGCAGCGGGUGGAAACAAUGCAGAAAAUGCGUGCAGUUACUCGCCUGCCUCGAUAUCUCAGGUCAUAACCGUUGGAGCAAUUGACAGAAAAGACGAAAUAGCCCCAUUCAGCAAUACGGGGGCGUGUGUAGAUGUGUAUGCUCCGGGCGUGGAUAUAGUCAGCUCGUACUUGAACGGGACAAUGAAGAGCAUGUCUGGAACGUCAAUGGCAGCUCCGCACGUGGCUGGUCUUGCAGCCUUGUAUUUAGGAGAGGAGUAUCUGCCCCCCGUGGACUUGAAAAUGCUCAUAAAGAACGACUCUUACAAGUCGGACCUUAUCAGGAUAGCAUCUGCAAAAAUACUCAACAUGAGGCUCGAGUGA